UAUCCAUUCAGAAGUUUUAGAAUUGUUUCAGUCUCUUCUGAAAGUAAUUUGCAAUUACAUUUAUUCUUGUCCAUUUUUUAUUUGAUCACGCGUAAUUCUAAAAGCUUAUUGCUAAAAUGGCAGCUCCACUGACUUUUAUCAAAUAUAAAAAUUAUGUGAGUUUUCUGCAGAUGUACAUAGAAUUGAAAUUUCUUCCUGAAUAAAUUUGAGUCGUAAAAGAAGAAAAGAAAAAGAAAAGUAAAAAAUACAUUUUUAGUUUAAGUUAAGUUAAUUCAAAAGUCAAUUAUUUAUAUUCAGUUUGUUGAGUUUAUGAAAAAUGUUUCUUAACUGUCAAAGAGUAAGCUUUUUUUCAGCAAUUUCAUUUCCUUAAAUUUCAGUUUAAGUGAAGUAAAUCAACAUAAAGGAUGAUAGCCAUAUUUAAAUUGAUUUUGUCUUUUAUUUAUUAGGCAUAUAACUUUUAUGACAAACAUGAAAGAAGAAAUGAACUACAAAUCUUUUCAUCAAUGAAUGAUGUGAUUAUUCUUCAUAGUGUGUUGAUGGAGCUCCUGUAUCACAAAGUUGUUUUUCUUUGCCAACAGUUUAUGAAAACUAAGCAUAGUAUAGUUAGAGUGAGAAAUGCUGGUCUAUAGAUGAUCGAAGAUAUAUUUAAUUGACAAACCACCUUCAAAAUAAAGCAAAGUGAGGGGCAUGUAGUCUUAAAUAUUUUGUCAUUAGAGGAUUUAGAAAAAAAAAAAAGAAAAAAAAGAAAAAGACAUUGUUCGACAGUCAUGUUUUAAAUGUAGAAAAAAAUAGCAAAAGAAAAAAAUAGCAAACAUAGUUUUUAUGACGAGAACUUAACAAAAACAGUUAUCUAAAUUUUUAAUAUUGCUAAAUAUUAUUAAUAGACACAAUAAUUCUGUAAUUUCUUCCAUUUUAAUAUCCUGCAAAUCAGACUUUAUGCAGUUCCCAUAUUUGGACUCUCAGGGCCGCUGUGGACCACUGCAGAUUUGUUGUCCUCUUGACACACUAUAAAAAAGGGAGAAAAAACAUUCGCAGCAGCACACAGGCUUCCCUGCAGACGACGACGAGCGAUCCUGUGCUAAAAUUCAUCAAACGUUUGGAAUACGGACAUACAAGAGCAAUACAUUAAUUUUGGAGCUUUUAAUAACCCGUGGUAAAACACGCUUUGAAUUAUAGCGGUCUUUGGACACCGAAUUCGACAAGAAAAAAAUGUCGGAGGGAACAAUGCGAUGGCAAGUACUGGUGUCUGCGUGGAUGUUUUGUCUGUGCUCGGUGGAUGGGCAGGUCACGUAUUCGAUUCCCGAGGAAAUGUCCAAAGGCUCGGUUGUUGGAAACAUUGCUCAAGAUUUGGGUUUGGAUGUAAAACGACUGAAGUCCGGAAAGGCUCGGAUUUACACGGAGGACAAUGGAGAGUACGUGGAGCUGAAUAAAGACAAGGGAUUGUUGCUUGUUAAAGACAGGAUCGACAGAGAGGCGCUCUGCGGGCAGACUACACCGUGCGCCAUUCAUCUCCAAAUCACGCUUGAAGACCCCAUCGAAUUUUACACGGUUACUGUUGAAAUUAAUGAUAUUAAUGAUAAUGUGCCCAGCUUUAAAAAGGGUGAGAUGAGAUUUAGGAUAAGCGAGUCGGCCGUGGUCGGAGCUAAAUUCACUCUCGAGAGAGCCAUGGAUUUAGAUGUUGGAGUAAACGGACUGAAGAGUUACUCACUUAAACCCACCGAUAAUUUUAAUCUGAAGCUUCACGGGCAAAAUGAUGGAAGUAAAAAUGUGGAGAUGGUUUUGCAGAAGGCGCUCGACAGAGAGAUGCAGCAGCAUAUCUCUUUAACGCUCACUGCGACGGACGGCGGAGACCCUCCGCUUUCAGGAACAAUCAGAGUGGAAAUCUCUGUGCUGGAUGUUAACGAUAAUGCUCCUGUUUUUACGCAAGAAAGCUAUAAGGUCACUGUGAGUGAAACUGCGCCAAAAGGAACAGUAUUAAGCAUAGUGAGCGCUACAGACGCAGACGAAGGCCCCAAUGCCAGCGUGUUUUACGCAAUAACAAACACAUUAGAUGACGUUCCUCGUUUGUUCCACAUUGAAGAAGAGAGCGGGGUGGUCUCCCUGAAGGGAAGUCUGGAUUAUGAAAAGGCACAGCUCCACGAAAUACGAGUGCAGGCUAGUGAUGAAGGAGGUUUAACAGACUCGUGUAAAAUUAUUGUUGAAGUAACUGAUACUAAUGAUAACAGCCCGUCGAUUAAUAUUAUGUCAAAAACAAAUUCAAUAUCAGAAAACUCUAAAUCAGGAACAGUAAUCACUAUAUUCAACGUUCAAGAUAAUGACUUCGGUGAGAAUGGGAAAGUAACCUGUGGAAUUGGAGAGAAUGUGCCGUUUUUGAUAGAAAAAACAUCCAAGAAAAUAUUUAGUUUAGUGACAGACAGUGAGUUAGACAGAGAGACAGCGUCAGAGUAUAACAUCACUGUGACCUGCUCUGAUGAAGGAGUCCCCUCCCUCUCCAGCAGCGUCACUCUCACCUUACAGAUCUCUGAUGUGAAUGACAACGCACCUGUCUUUGAGAGGAGCUCAUAUGAGGCCUACAUUGUAGAAAACAACACACCAGGUGUGUCUAUAUUCACAGUGAAAGCCACAGACGCUGACUGGAAGCAGAAUGCGCGUGUUUCUUACAUCCUGGAGGACUCCUCUGUGAACGGAGUGCCAGUCUCCUCAUAUGUGUCCGUCAGUGCUGACAGUGGAGUCAUCCACGCAGUGCGCUCUUUUGACUACGAGCAGAUAAAAGACUUCCGCUUCUGUGUCAAAGCUCAGGAUGGAGGUUCUCCUCCUCUCAGCAGCAACGUGAGCGUGAGCAUCCAGAUCCAGGACCAGAACGAUAACCCGCCUCAGGUUCUGUACCCGGUCCAGACUGCUGGCUCUGUGGUGGCUGAAAUGGUGCCUCGUUCAGCUGAUGUGGGCUACCUGGUGACUAAAGUGGUGGCUGUUGAUGUGGACUCUGGACAGAAUGCCUGGCUCUCCUAUAAACUGCAGAAAGCCACAGACAGGGCGCUGUUUGAAGUGGGCUCCCAGAAUGGAGAGAUCCGAACUGUCCGCCAAGUGACGGAGAAAGAUUUGCUCAAACAAAGACUGACUGUGAUCGUGGAGGACAACGGGCAGCCCUCUCGUUCAGCUACAGUCAUUGUUAACGUGGCGGUGGCGGACAGCUUCCCUGAAGUGCUGUCGGAGUUCAGCGACUUUCCACACGACAAGGACUACAAUGACAACCUGACUUUUUACUUAGUGCUGGCUCUGGCUGUGGUUUCUUUCCUCUUCAUCACGUGUUUAGUGGUCAUCAUCUCCGUCAAGAUCUACCGAUGGAGACAGUCUCGCAUCCUGUAUCACUCCAGCCUCCCUGUCAUUCCAUAUUAUCCUCCACGGUACUCAGACACUUUGGGCACAGGGACUCUGCCACACACGUACAAUUACGAGGUGUGCAGGACCACUGACUCCAGAAAGAGUGACUGUAAGUUCGGCAGAGCUGGGAGUCAGAACGUGCUGAUAAUGGACCCCAGUUCUACAGGAACCAUGCAGCGGAUGCAGAGUGAGAAGAGCAUCCUGGAUGAACCAGACUCUCCUCUAGAGGUCAGUUGUUUUGGUUAGAUUUCUUUAUGUAAAUUUUCCUUUAAAAUAGUAUUUUAUUAUGGGAUAUUGGAAACAUUUUAGCACCUUGAACAGCGACAAAUCCAGAUGUUACUCUUUAUACCCUUGUCUGUGGGUAACAUAGUUUGAUAUUCCAUGCAAAAACACUGCCUUCUGCCAUUUUAAAUGUAGCUGCUGCAAACUUCAGCACCAUGGAGAGCAUUUGCGGUGCUUGUUUAAGCAUCCAUUAUUGAAACUUGGCUAAAAUUAUUUGUUCCAGCACUUGUUGCAUAUAUUUAUUCUGUUGUUUUAUUUGUUUGUUUUUGUUCAUUUUCUUUUUAUUUAUUUAUUUUUGCUUUUUUAUUUUUUAUUUUUCUUGUUCUAAAAUAAUUGCAGCAAGUAGUACGAACAACUUCAAUGAAAUACAUUCUUUUUGCGUGAUCAGACUUUCAUAUUUUAUAAAUACAUGUGCUUGCUCAAAAAAAAUCAGUAAGUCAAUUUAGCAAUUUAAAUAAUUAUUUCGUAAAAU